GACCUUUUCCUAGUUUGGCCUCGUUUCCAGCUCAGAGUUGACGAAACUAAAGCAUCAUUUGCUUCAAGAGUUGGAUGAAUUCGGCUAUUUUAGAGGAAGAAACCUUCUUUUUUUUUUGAAUCGAGAGAUAAAAAAAUAUAGCAGUCUCAAAUGAUUGAAGGAUAUGGUCAAUGAUGGUGAUUCUCUGCUAAAGCCGGGGAAUAGUAAGCAGAGUUUUGAUUCAUACCAAUUGCCUCCGGUUCAUCGAAGUGGAAAGAGUGCCAUGGAGACUGAAGGGAGACAAUUCUCUGAUUUUUACAGAAACUCAAGCGAGGAGAUGUUUAUUAAAUCAUUAAUGGAGACUUCAAUGGGGAUGCCGGUACCAACUAUGGAGAUGUUGGGGUUCAAGAAUCUUUCCCAGAAUUUUCGUGCCGAUAGUGAGGAGCUUUUCAGAAGCUGGCUCACCAAUGGAGAGAACCAGGGUCACAAUUCUUCGAAUAUUGCACAUCGGACUCGACAAACAUCCCGGAGAUUAUCGACCGAGAUGGCCGGUUUGUUCGGUCAGCAGCAGCCCAGCACUUCGGUUCAAAAGAAGAAGAGCAGUGAUGUGUUACUUUUGCAGAAUAAUCCCAUCGGGGGAGAAACUUCAGGGGAAUUCAAUCAAAUUUCUUUGAGAACUGCAGCGGAAAGGGGAUUUCAGGCUAGUAAUUUGUAUUUAGCCAAGGCUUGGUUUCAUAGUUCACAGCCCAUGACCAGAAGUAGAUCUUCUGAAUUAAGGAAGAGAUAUUCCGCCAUGCAAAAUGCUCAAACAUCGAUCGGUAUGGAGGCCGGACUCAAUGUUUAUGGAAAUGGUGUCGGUCAAAUGAAAGCAGAGUUAUCUGAUCCAAAUGGUUUCAAUGACAUUCCCAUGUCUGGGAUUCCUAAUCAGCUGGGAACAUUCAUGUCGCUGUCGAAUUCGUCCUCGUCUGCAUUCGAUGCACUCCAAACCGGAAAUGCAGAUAAAGUUUCUUCUGUUGUGAGCAUGCUAAAGGGUACGCUAGAACGUAAAAAGCUCAGCAACCAAAUUGACAAAGAAGCUGUCCAAGAUAGUUCUAGUGUGCCUAAUGGCACCUUCAACCAAGGGCAAGAGAAUCAUUUUCAUGAAAUCCCGGCUGUUUUCGGGGAUGUACCCCUAACGAAUGGGGUUCUACAAGCUGUUCAGGGGCCUAUGGAUCUCGACUUGGAAGGUUUCGCAAAUCCCACAAAUGCAAUUCCGACAAGCACAGUUUCGCGAGAAGCUUCUCAAAGUGAAUCCUCGGCUGCUGCACCGGUCAUUUCAUUCGGCUUCGAUGCAUGUGAUGGACCAAGCAAUUCAAGUCAAGCCUUGAGCGUAUGUGAAAGUUCAAAGAAACAAGUAGGAAAAAAUUGGAACACAGAGAAUGGCUCUAAAUCUAAAGAUUUCAGAGAAAUUAUAAUUGACAACUUGAAAGAUGACCGGAAGAGGGGAGGCCUUGUUCGAUAUGGAUCGGUAACAUCGGCAGAUUCAGUGGACAAGGCGGACCCGACGAAGAAACGAAGAGUGGAACGGUCGAGAAAGAUGGCAGAGGCUAAAGAAAGGAAUUCAACCCCACCAAUCCCAUCUGAUAUGCAAGCAGUGUUAAAGCGUUGUGAGACUCUUGAGAAGGAAGUGCGUUCACUCAAGCUUAAUCUGUCUUUCAUGAACAGAAAGGAUUCGGAACAAACGAAGCAGAUUGAAGAACUACAGAAGCAAAAUGAGGAGUUGUCGUACGAGAAAGAACGACUCUUGGAAGAGAUUGAAAGGAUCGUUUCGGAUUCGGACAACAUGUAAACUAUAUAUACUUCA